AUGCAAUGCGCCCUGCGCUCGGUGCGUUACGGGCCCCCCAGAGCCGCCCGUUCGCUCGCCGCCAGCUCUAGACACCGUCGACAUGCCCGGCUCCUGCGCCCCUUUCAUACCUCGAGUGUCUACAGGGAGGCUCCAGAGGGUCCGCAUAACCCGGUUGACACCCCCGUGAGCAGCAGCAGGCCAAUUGAGGGCGGGACGUCGGUGCCGGAGACGAAAAAUGCUGUGGCGCCGGAAGCGAAUAAUGAGAAGGAGCCCAAGGAGCCUGGCCUCCAGGCAAAGAAGGACAAAGGUAGAGGAUACAGUCCGUACGGAUCAGGCGCUCGACGGGCGAUGAGGAACCGAAAGAUGGAAGAUAAGCCAGCUAAGCCGGUUGCUGUCAGGUUGCCAGCUUGGUUCCAUCAGCGGAACAUGAAGCUGUCCGAUCAGUCUGCGCAGGAGUCACAGUUACUACCCCUGGACGUGCAGAUUGCCCAGAAGAACGUACAAGAGAACGCCGAGGAUGGCGACCAGCUUCGUGAGGGCCACGGAGGUGACGAUGGUAGUGCUGGAAAGCCAGAGGACGGUCCACCGUCUAACCCGGACUCUCGGUAUACCCUCAGCCCAGAGGUAUGGCAGGAGCUUAGAGCAGCUGUACAGGCCGGUCUAACCUUGCCUGCUGCUCGAUAUGCUCAUGACCCAGCCUCCGCGAAGCCCCAUCUUGUCCUACAGUACCCCGGUGAAGGCGGGAUUCUCUUUCUCGAUGCCGUAGUCAAGAGUCUGGCUACAGACCUGAAUACCAGCGUCGUCACACUGAAUGCACAAGAUAUUGCCGAGCUAUAUGGCCAGCAGCGAGAGGAGAAUGAUCAACUCUCUAGCUCCAUGAUGCUCCUACUUGGCUAUGACGUCUACAGGCCGGGUCAACGGCAAACACAGAAAGAAAUAGAGGAAGAAGCAGAGGAGAGAGAGGAAGAGGAGGAUAUGGAAGAUGAAGAUUCGGACCGCUGGUCUGCCCAGUCUGCUGCUGUCCCUGUUACCAAGAUCAGCGCUGAUAUCUCAGGCUUGGUAAACCCGUCUAUACUGCAGUCUCUCUUUGGCGGCAAGGGCUCAUUUGGAGUCGCCAAGGUCGUUCUCCCCAGCGGUGAACGCAAGGAGGGCAUGGACUCAGAUGAAGAUGUCCGAUGUCUGCGACUGAUCAAUGAGCUACUGGACGUACCUCUGGGAAAGCGUGUACAGACUGAGCCGGCCAAGGAAGAGUCAUCUCCUACACCCGAACCUACCGAACCCGUUGAAUCUCCCGAUAAUACCCCUGUUGCUACUACCACAACGACAACUACCACCACACCUACUACCACAACUCCGCCAUCCCAACAACCUUCAUCACCCGCGUCAAAAAAACCAACACUCAUUUUGCAAAUCCAAGACUACAAAGACAUACUCAACACUCGGGGAGGAUCCUUCUUUCUCUCGUUAUUGCACAAAACCGUUAUGCGAAGACGGCGUAAUGGCGACCAGAUCGUCAUCGUCGGAACCGUAUCUGAGCCGGAAUCUGACAAGGGCCACGAGAAAGCCUUCCCAAGGUUGACUCCAAGAGACUACGACCAGCGUGCCUCAACUAUCGUUGUGCCUCCAGCAAUAUCGUCAAAGGCCGCUGAAGAAGUAUUCGCCAAAGACGCAAAGAAACGUAUCUUCGACAUCAACAUCCGACACCUAAAAGUCAUGUUGAAAACCAGGCUGAGAAAAUCCGAAUCUGCCCAGAGCCUUCUCAACGACCAGCCGUGGGAUCUUGACGAAGAACUUAUUCGAACUUCGGGUCUUGAUACAGGGUAUUGGCCGUUUAGCCUUGUCCACCGCAUCUCCACGCUUACCCUUGGCUGUAUAAAACCAGACGAAAGUCUAACACUAGCGCAUAUCACCAAGGGAAUUGAGCUGGUAGGCAAAAGUGACCAGGUUAAGUGUGACUGGCUAGGUGAGAGACAGAAUAAAGCGAAACCAUCGAAGCCGUCUACCCACAAGGACAGACGGAAUAAGCUUCGGCCGAAGUGCAAUCCCCACGAGGAGAAGCUACUUAAUGGCGUGGUCGAUGCAGAGACUAUAAACACCACUUUUGCAGACGUCCACGUCCCCCCUGAGACCAAGGAGGCUCUCAAGACACUUACUUCCCUUUCUCUCAUUCGACCGGAGGCAUUCACGUACGGUGUCCUCGCAACCGACAAGAUACCCGGUUUACUGCUCUACGGCCCUCCAGGCACGGGUAAGACAAUGCUCGCCAAAGCCGUUGCUCGCGAGAGCGGUGCUACCGUUCUUGAAAUCAGCGGAUCAGACGUCUACGACAUGUACGUUGGAGAAGGCGAGAAGAAUGUCCGCGCCAUCUUCACCCUAGCCAAAAAACUCACACCCUGCGUUGUCUUCAUCGACGAAGCAGAUGCUAUAUUCUGCUCUCGAACAGGUGCAAGUAACCGCACCUCCCAUCGUGAACUCAUCAACCAGUUCCUCCGCGAAUGGGACGGCAUGAACAGUCUCUCCGCCUUCAUUAUGAUAGCUACAAACCGACCGUUUGAUCUGGACGAUGCUGUCCUUCGUCGUCUACCCCGCCGUUUACUCGUUGACCUACCCACCGAAACAGACCGUCUAGCCAUUCUCAAGAUCCAUCUUAAAGACGAACGUCUCGCUCCAUGCGUAGACCUAGCUGACAUUGCCGAGAAGACGCCAUUCUACUCUGGCUCCGACUUGAAGAACCUUUCAGUCGCCGCUGCACUGGCUUGUGUCCGAGAAGAGAACGACAUCGCUGCACAGCACAAGGGAGAUGAACCGUACAGGUAUCCGGAACACCGCACGCUACGCAAAGAACACUUUGAAAAGGCAAUGGAAGAGAUUAGCGCAUCGAUCAGUGAAGACAUGUCCUCCUUGACCGCCAUCAGGAAGUUUGAUGAGAAAUACGGUGAUCGCAAGGGACGGCGGAAGAAGGCUCACGGGCUAGGCUUCUCUUCUCCCAACGCUGCUGAUGCACCGGGCGCCGAGACUGGCCGUGUUCGAAAUUAG